AGCGGAGCCGGGGCGGAGCGGGCCGAGCGGGCCGAGCCAGCAGCCGAGCUGGGGGCGCGGGCGGGCGGCAUGUACCGGGCCCGGGCGGCGCGGGCGGGGCCGGAGCCCGGCAGCCCGGGGCGCUUUGGGAUCCUCAGCACCGGGCAGCUCCGGGACCUGCUUCAGGAUGAGCCCAAGCUGGACCGGAUCGUGCGGCUCAGCAGGAAGUUCCAGGGCCUGCAGCUGGAGCGCGAGGCAUGCCUGGCCUCCAACCACGCGCUAGCCAAGGAGAACCUGGCAUUGCGGCCCCGCCUGGAGAUGGGCCGGGCUGCCCUCGCCAUCAAGUACCAGGAGCUUCGAGAGGUGGCCGAGAGCUGUGCGGACAAGCUGCAGCGACUGGGCCAUGGGUCCCGAAGGCAGGAGCUAUUUACUGUGGUCCCUCUGUGGCCUUCAGAGGAGAGCAUGCAUCGCUGGAGCCCCCACUGCGCACUGGGCUGGCUGCAGGCUGAGCUGGAAGAAGCUGAGCAGGAAGCUGAGGAGCAGAUGGAGCAGCUGCUGCUGGGGGAGCAGAGCCUGGAGGCCUUCCUGCCCGCCUUCCAGCGCGGCCGCGCCCUGGCCCACCUGCGGCGGACCCAGGCGGAGAAGCUGCAGGAGCUGCUGCGGCGCCGGGAGCGGUCUGCCCAGCCAGCCCCCACCGCUGCCGCGGACCCCCCCAGACCCUUCCCCGCCGCGGCCGUCCCGCCCACCGGGGCCGCCCGGGGGCCGCCGGCAGUGCCCCGGAGCCUGCCCCCCUUGGACUCCCGCCCCGUGCCCCCCCUGAAGGGCUCCCCCGGGUGCCCCCUGGGCCCGGCCCCUCUGCUGAGCCCUCGGCCCUCGCAGCCGGAGCCCCCCCACCGGUAGGAUCCGGCGUACGGCCCCCCGGUGGGGGGCCCAGAGAAACUUGAUCUGUGGCUCCUCCUCCUCCCCCACUGCCUGGGUGGGGGGAGGGGCAGGCCCCUCCCCCUGGCCUCAGGCAGUCCCCGGCCCUGGAGGCUGAGCUGGGGAGGAGGGUCACCUGGAAGUUGCCCAGAGAGCGGGCCGGAGGUGGGGUGGGCAGGGUGUCUCUGGCGCUGAGGAAACUCUGCCUUUUUUUCUUCCCCGGCUGGGGCCUCCCGAGUAAUGGGCCAGCCCCCGUGAAAGGACUUUCUGCCUGGGCGCCUGGAAAGGUGCCUGCUUCCCCCGCCCCGGGGACCCUGCCCAGGGGGCCGAAGCACCCUACCACUCCACUGGGCUGGCACAACGGGCGCGGGAGCGCCUUCCAUCGCGUCCUGCUCCUACCUUUCCCCAGUUCUGGGGCCCACAGCCUAGGAGCCAGGUGGUCAGACCCCAGCUGCGGGGCCGGGGACACCAUGGCCCUGGGGCUACUCUGUGCCCCACUCAUGCUCCGGUCGCUGGGGCAAGGUAGGCCAGGGGCUCCUGACCUGCACAGAUGAGAGUGGGCCAUCCCCAGGAAAGACCAUUCUGUAUUUUUCUGUCCCCGUCUCCUUAGAAUGGAACCUUUUUGAGGGCAGGUCCUUGUCUUUGUAUGUUCUGUCCCCAGCCCCACCUCCCAGGGGCCGUCAAUAAAUGUGAUGAUGAGGAUGA